AUGUCCAGGUCGGUCUGUUAUGUGUGUAACUGGGUGUCUCUGUUACAGGAGUCGUACCCGGCUUCUUCCCCAAUAUGGUUCGUGGACUCUGAUGACCCAAACCUGACCUCAGUUCUGGAACGUCUAGAAGAUUCUAAGAACAACAGUUCGCUUCGUCAGCAGCUGAAGUGGUUGAUCUGUGAGCUCUGCCGAUUGCACGACCUUCCCAAGCACCUGGAUGUGGAGCUGCUGGACCAGCCGCUGCCCACGGGCCAGAAUGGGACCACGGAGGAAGUGACGUCGGAAGAGGAGGACGAGGAGGAGAUGGCGGAGGACAUAGAAGACCUGGAUCACUACGAGAUGAAGGAGGAGGAGCCUGUCAGCGGGAAGAAGUCAGAAGAUGAAGGAAUCGAAAAGGAAAACCUGGCCAUAUUAGAGAAAAUCAGGAAGACUCAAAGGCAAGACCAUCUAAAUGUAUGUGUAAAACCCUAGAACCCCGGGCUUACGCGGCUAAGUAACGUCGUUGU